AUCUCGCGAGAAAGGGCUGGCGGGGAGGGUAUCCAGGACGAGGAGAGGGAGGAGUCGCCAUCUCCUCCGCCUCCGCCUCCUCCUGUUGGAGGGGGGCCGAGGGAGGAGACUGUUGCUGAUCUUUGGAUGUUCUGGUUAGUCUAAGAAGGAGAGUAUGAGGCGAGCUCCGACCCGGGUGCGGCCGGGCUUCGGGGGCCCAGGCGCCGCUGCUGCCACCGCCAUCUAACGCUGCGCCCUGGAGGCCCGGCGCGCGGAUGGUGCCGGUGCGGCUCGGGUGUUGAUCCGGUGUCCCCUCCCCCUCCUCCCCUCCCCCACGCGGUGGUCUCCCCUCCCACCCGGCUCAGGCAGAGCCAUGUCUCGGGGUGGCUCCUGCCCACACCUGUUGUGGGACGUGAGGAAAAGGUCCCUCGGGCUGGAGGACCCGUCCCGGCUGCGGAGCCGCUACCUGGGAAGAAGAGAAUUUAUCCAAAGAUUAAAACUUGAAGCAACCCUUAAUGUGCAUGAUGGCUGUGUUAAUACAAUCUGUUGGAAUGACACGGGAGAAUAUAUUUUAUCUGGCUCAGAUGACACCAAAUUAGUAAUUAGUAAUCCUUACAGCAGAAAGGUUUUGACAACAAUUCGUUCAGGGCACCGAGCAAACAUAUUUAGUGCAAAGUUCUUACCUUGCACAAAUGAUAAACAGAUUGUAUCCUGCUCUGGAGAUGGAGUAAUAUUUUAUACCAAUGUUGAGCAAGAUGCAGAAACCAACAGACAAUGCCAAUUUACGUGCCAUUAUGGAACUACUUAUGAGAUUAUGACUGUACCCAAUGACCCUUACACUUUUCUCUCUUGUGGUGAAGAUGGAACUGUUAGGUGGUUUGAUACACGCAUCAAAACUAGCUGCACAAAAGAAGAUUGUAAAGAUGAUAUUUUAAUUAACUGUCGACGUGCUGCCACGUCUGUUGCUAUUUGCCCACCAAUACCAUAUUACCUUGCUGUUGGUUGUUCUGAUAGCUCAGUACGAAUAUAUGAUCGGCGAAUGCUGGGCACAAGAGCUACAGGAAAUUAUGCAGGUCGAGGGACUACUGGAAUGGUUGCCCGUUUUAUUCCUUCCCAUCUUAAUAAUAAGUCCUGCAGAGUGACAUCUCUGUGUUACAGUGAAGAUGGUCAAGAGAUUCUCGUUAGUUACUCUUCAGAUUACAUAUAUCUUUUUGACCCGAAAGAUGAUACAGCACGAGAACUUAAAACUCCUUCUGCAGAAGAGAGAAGAGAAGAGUUGCGACAACCACCAGUUAAGCGUUUGAGACUUCGUGGUGAUUGGUCAGAUACUGGACCCAGAGCAAGGCCGGAGAGUGAACGAGAACGAGAUGGAGAGCAGAGUCCCAAUGUGUCAUUGAUGCAGAGAAUGUCUGAUAUGUUAUCAAGAUGGUUCGAAGAAGCAAGUGAGGUUGCACAAAGCAAUAGAGGACGAGGAAGAUCUCGACCCAGAGGUGGAACAAGUCAAUCAGAUAUUUCAACUCUUCCUACGGUCCCAUCAAGUCCUGAUUUGGAAGUGAGUGAAACUGCAAUGGAAGUAGAUACACCACCUGAACAAUUUCUUCAGCCUUCUACAUCCUCUACAACGUCAGCUCAGGCUCAUUCGACAUCGUCUCCUACAGAAAGCCCUCAUUCUACUCCUUUGCUAUCUUCUCCAGACAGUGAACAAAGGCAGUCUGUUGAGGCAUCUGGACACCACACACAUCAUCAGUCUGAUUCUCCUUCUUCUGUGGUUAACAAACAGCUCGGAUCCAUGUCACUUGAUGAGCAACAGGAUAACAAUAAUGAAAAGCUGAGCCCCAAACCAGGGACAGGUGAACCAGUUUUAAGUUUGCACUACAGCACAGAAGGAACAACUACAAGCACAAUAAAACUGAACUUUACAGAUGAAUGGAGCAGUAUAGCAUCAAGUUCUAGAGGAAUUGGGAGCCAUUGCAAAUCUGAGGGUCAGGAGGAAUCUUUGGUCCCACAGAGCUCAGUGCAACCCCCAGAAGGAGACAGUGAAACAAAAACUCCUGAAGAAUCAUCAGAGGAUGUGACAAAAUAUCAGGAAGGAGUAUCUGCAGAAAACCCAGUUCAGAACCAUAUCAAUAUAGCACAAUCAGAUAAGUUCACAGCCAAGCCAUCGGAUUCCAACUCAGGAGAAAGAAAUGACCUCAAUCUUGAUAGCUCUUGUGGGGUUCCAGAAGAAUCUACUUCAUCUGAAAAAGCCAAGGAACCAGAAACUUCAGAUCAGACUAGCACUGAGAGUGCUACCAAUGAAAAUAGCACCAAUCCUGAGCCUCAGUUCCAAACAGAAGCCAUCGGGCCUUCAGCUCAUGAAGAAACAUCCACCAGGGACUCUGCUCUUCAGGACACAGAUGACAGUGAUGAUGACCCAGUCCUGAUCCCAGGUGCAAGGUAUCGAGCAGGACCUGGUGAUAGACGCUCUGCUGUUGCCCGUAUUCAGGAGUUCUUCAGACGGAGAAAAGAACGGAAAGAAAUGGAAGAAUUGGAUACUUUGAACAUUAGAAGGCCAUUAGUAAAAAUGGUUUAUAAAGGCCAUCGCAACUCCAGGACAAUGAUAAAAGAAGCCAAUUUCUGGGGUGCUAACUUUGUAAUGAGUGGUUCUGACUGUGGCCACAUUUUCAUCUGGGAUCGGCACACUGCUGAGCAUUUGAUGCUUCUGGAAGCUGAUAAUCAUGUGGUAAACUGCCUGCAGCCACAUCCAUUUGACCCAAUUUUAGCCUCAUCUGGCAUAGAUUAUGACAUAAAGAUCUGGUCACCAUUAGAAGAGUCAAGGAUUUUUAACCGAAAACUUGCUGAUGAAGUUAUAACUCGAAAUGAACUCAUGCUGGAAGAAACUAGAAACACCAUUACAGUUCCAGCCUCUUUCAUGUUGAGGAUGUUGGCUUCACUGAAUCAUAUCCGAGCUGACCGGCUGGAGGGUGACAGAUCAGAAGGCUCUGGUCAAGAGAAUGAAAAUGAGGAUGAGGAAUAAUAAACUCUUUUUGGCAAGCACUUAAAUGUUCUGAAAUUUGUAUAAGACAUUUAUUAUAUUUUUUUUCUUUACAGAGCUUUAGUGAAAUUUUAAGGUUAUGGUUUUUGGAGUUUUUCCCUUUUUUUGGGAUAACCUAACAUUGGUUUGGAAUGAUUGUGUGCAUGAAUUUGGGAGAUUGUAUAAAACAAAACUAGCAGAAUGUUUUUAAAACUUUUUGCCGUGUAUGAGGAGUGCUAGAAAAUGCAAAGUGCAAUAUUUUCCCUAACCUUCAAAUGUGGGAGCUUGGAUCGAUGUCAAAGAAUAAUUUUCAUCAUAGUGAAAAUGUUGGUUCAAAUAAAUUUCUACACUUGCCAUUUGCAUGUUUGUUGCUUUCUAAUUAAAGAAAUUGGUUGUUUUAAGAUA